AUGCAGCACACGGGAGCGGAACCGGCCGUGACGAACGUCGCUAUCAUCUACUACUCCAUCCACGGCCAUGCUGCUACACUAGCCAAGGCCAUCAAGAAAGGCGUCGACUCAGUCCCCGGCGUGAAGGGCACCAUUUACCAGGUCGCCGAAACUCUGAGUGAGGACAUCCUCGCCAAGAUGCACGCGCCGCCCAAACUGGACCACCCCAUCGCCACGCCUCAGACACUCAAAGAGGCUGACGGAAUUUUGUUCGGAUACCCCACGCGCUUUGGCGACUUCCCCGCUCAGGCCAAGACUCUUUUCGACUCGACCGGCCAGCUUUGGGCUGCCGGAGACCUCAUCGGCAAGCUCGGAGGCGCCUUUGUCAGCACGUCGCUCCUAGGAGCUGGUCAGGAGACCACGCAGCUCAUGACAAUGGCCUUCAUGGUCUCACACGGAAUGACCUUUGUCCCGCCCGGCUACCGUGCCAAGCAGCUUUUCAACGUGGACGAGGUCCACGGUGGAUCUCCGUGGGGCGCGGGCACUAUUGCAGGGCCCGACAACUCUCGCCAGGUGUCGGCGCUCGAGAAGGAGGUUGCUGUGGAGCAGGGCAAGUCGUUCGCUGAGGUCACGAAGAAACUGUCAGCUUAA